AUGGGUUCUCAACCUCAGUCCCACAGGCAUCUUUACAUCCUCGACACCGACCUGUCACAGCCCCAGCCGCGAUGUGGUCGCAUCCUGUCAUGCCUGGCCGACGGCAGCGACAGGCAAACAGUCAUAGAUAACAUAACCACAAUGCCGGACGGGAUCACAAUCGACCACGAGAACGGCCACAUGUACUGGACAAACAUGGGCCGCAGCCUCAAGACACAAGGCGGCUCCAUCGAGCGGGCAGACCUCGACGGCUCCAACCGCAAGGUCAUCGUCCCGCCCGGGUCGCUCGGCGUCUUCACGCCCAAGCAGAUCACCAUCGCCAGGCGGAGCCGGAAGCUGUACUGGUGCGACAGGGAGGGCAUGAAGGUGAUGCGCGCCAACCUCGACGGCUCGGGCGCCGAGGUGCUCGUCUCGGCGGGGGACUCGGACGAGGACGGGCGCGACCAGCGCAGGUGGUGCGUCGGGGUCGCGGUCGACGAGCGGCGCGGGUUCUUCUACUGGACGCAGAAGGGGCCCUCCAAGGGCGAGCAGGGCCGCAUACUCCGGGCGCCGGUCGAGGGCCCGCCGGGGUUCUUCCCGGACAGGCGGUGGGACGUGCAGGUCGUCUUCGACAAGCUGCCUGAGCCGAUCGACCUCGAGAUGGACGAGGAGUCGCAGACGCUGUACUGGACGGACCGGGGGGAUCCCCCGGACGGCAACUCGCUCAACAGGGCUGCUAUUGGCAUGGGUGGGGUGCCGCAGGUCUUGGCGACGAGGUUGCAUGAGACUAUCGGGCUGGCGUUGGAUAGGGAGGAGGAUGUAGCAUAUGUGACGGACCUAGCGGGGGGUGUUUACGCGAUUGAUAUUAAGACGAGGACGAAGAAGGUCUUGUUCCCGGAGUUGGGAGAUCUUACAGGCAUUGCAUUGGUUUGA